CGGUAUAGAGCCUGAUUGCAACUAACCGCCUUUUCGAGGACCGUCAAGUGGAAAACUUUGAGGUGUAUGCUUCGACCAAAGUGAUGAAGCAGGAACAUUCAGAGCAGGGCGCCAAUCGACUGCAGUGAUAGAGUAGUGAAGGCAGGGAGAUAACAGAAAGCCUACAAUCAUUGGCUGCGUAGCUUUCUAGAAGCUCGGGGUUUCUGAUCUUUCGCCUAUAUCCCCCUUCAAGCUUACCAUCCUAAGAUCUGCUUUUUCUGAGCUGGAGAUGAACGCUGUGCAGUCGCUAUGGUACAGGUAAGAACGAGAGUUCUGCUCGUCGGGUGUGGUGGUGUCGGAACUAUGGCGGCGUAUGCACUCGAGACAGGGGGUAGAGCCGAAGUCACGGCCGUGAUGAGAUCUAAUUAUUCGGCCGUUGAGAGGGAUGGGAUAGACAUUGAUUCGAUUGAACACGGCCAUGAUAUUAGAGCAUGGCGACCGACCGCAAUUCGGAAGACCAUCCCCGAUGUGAAUGAAGAAAUGCUACAGCCCUUCGACUUCAUUCUGGUGACUACCAAGAAUAUUCCAGACGUCUCCCCUGCUGUAGCAGACAUCAUAGCGCCCGCCGUAACGCCAGGAAAGACAGCCAUAGUGCUGUCACAGAACGGCCUUAAUAUCGAGAAGCCGCUGAUAGAGCGCUUCCCGACAAACCCCGUCAUCAGCAGCGUAUCCUAUAUCUCGGUAACGGAAACCUCUCAUGGGAAGUUUCUGCAUGACGAUAAAGAUGUACAGAAAAUAGGGCCCUUUUACAAUCCCCACGUUUCACCCGGCAUGGCAGAGGAGGCGGCACGGCGUUACAUUGCGGCGUAUAAUGCUGCUGGUAAACUGGACGUUGUGUUUGACGCUGAUGUAAAAUUCGCGCGUUGGCGCAAGCUCGUAUACAAUGCAUCGUACAACCCGGUCUCAGCAGUGUUGCACAUGGACACAGCGCGCAUGCGAAUGAGCAAGCACAUAAUCGAUGACCUGAUCCAGCCCAUCAUGCUUGAGAUCAUGGCCGCGGCCCGCGCGAAUGGUGUGAACCUGCCCGAUGAUGUGCCAGACAAGGCAAUCCGCGUCGAUCCGACAGAUAACGCAUUCAAGCCUAGUAUGUGCCAGGAUGUGGAGAAAGGGAACUUAAUGGAGAUCGAGACAAUCGUAGGGGAGCCACUGCGGGAGGGCGAGGCCUGCAACGUCCAGAUGCCCACCCUGCGAACUAUAUACGGAAUUCUGAAGGGCAUGCAGCUGGCGAUCAUGGAAAAGAAGGGGCUCUGGGAGCCUACAUUUACAAGUGGUAACCCCUAUCAAUAGCGAGAUGGCAGUCGUGUACUACUCCAGGUUAACAUUUAGAGUAGUCUUUGGGAGCAUUAAUUAGCACCUGGUUUGCAUAAUCUUGUAGCAAGAUAGAAGAUAUAAUACCAAUAAUGUAUAUACUCGGCUGAAUGGGUAUGUUCAUUAUAUACAUGUAGUUCAAGAAGAGUUGUUCAUCAUCAU